GGAAAUGAAAAAAGAAAAGAAAAGAAAAGAAAACCCUUCCGACAGACUCUUUACUCUCGUUCACAGCAUAAAAACAGCACCGCUUUACAAAUGACACCACUAUUAUUGUGAGAUAACGGCCAUUAUUCUUCUUCCGACCAUCCCCAAGAAUGCUUUUCUCACCCUUCCUCACUCUCACUUUCUUCCUCCUCUUCUCUUCUUCCGUUGCUGCGAUUUACUCAGCGGCAACAUGUUCUAACAUAGUGCCGCUGAGAUACCGCAGCGACAGAAUCUCCAUAACGGACUUCGGUGGUGUCGGCGACGGCCGCACGCUGAACACGAAAGCGUUCAGAGCGGCCGUGUACCGCAUUCAGCACCUGAGAAGGCGCGGCGGCACGGUGCUUUACGUGCCUCCGGGGGUUUACUUAACGGAGAGCUUCAACCUCACUAGCCACAUGACGCUUUAUCUGGCUGCUGGUGCUGUUAUCAAAGCCACGCAGGAGUUGGGGAAUUGGCCUUUAAUUGCGCCCUUACCAUCGUAUGGAAGAGGAAGGGAGCUCCCUGGAGGAAGGUAUAUGAGUUUUAUCCAUGGAGAUGGACUUAGUGAUGUAGUAAUUACAGGUGAGAAUGGGACAAUUGAUGGGCAAGGAGAUGUGUGGUGGAACAUGUGGAGGCAGAGAACACUUCAAUUUACAAGACCAAACCUUGUAGAAUUUGUGAAUUCGCAAGAUAUUAUUAUUUCAAAUGUGAUUUUCAAGAAUUCUCCCUUCUGGAAUAUACACCCAGUUUAUUGCAGCAAUGUUGUGGUUCGAUAUGUCACAAUUUUGGCUCCUCGUGACUCUCCUAAUACUGAUGGAAUUGAUCCAGAUUCAAGUUCAAAUGUCUGCAUAGAGGACUCAUACAUAUCUACCGGAGAUGAUCUUGUGGCUGUAAAGAGUGGGUGGGAUGAGUAUGGUAUUGCGUACGGUCGCCCUAGCUACGGUAUCACCAUCCGGCGUGUAACAGGGUCAUCUCCAUUUGCCGGCAUUGCAAUUGGCAGUGAAACCUCUGGAGGGGUGGAGAAUGUGCUAGCAGAACACAUCAACCUCUUCAACAUGGGAGUUGGUAUCCACAUCAAGACCAACAGUGGCAGGGGAGGGCUUAUCAAGAACAUAACAGUGGCUCAUGUGUAUGUGGAGAAUGCAAGGCAGGGAAUAAAAAUUGCAGGUGAUGUAGGGGGGCACCCAGAUGAAAAAUUUAACCCGAAUGCUCUCCCUGUUGUGAAGGGCAUCACAAUUAAGAAUGUUUGGGGAGUGAAGGUUAACCAGGCAGGUUUGAUACAUGGAUUGAGAAAUUCCCCCUUCACUGAUGUUUGUCUGUCUGAUAUCAACUUUCAUGGCAUGGAAGGACCAAGAUCUCCCUCUUGGAAGUGUUCUGAUGUGUUUGGAUUUGCUCAUCAGGUUAGCCCUUGGCCAUGUUCUCAGCUGAGCAGCCAAGAGCCUGGAUCAUGUGCUAUUUAGAUAUUUUCACUCUCUUCAAGUAUUGUAGUAAUUGAGUGCUUCUUUCAUUGAUUUCUUAUACUUAAAGCCAUUGAAUCACCACUUUAGAAUUGUAUGAUAUCAUGUGAAAUUAAAUUUAGUCAAACAUGUUGAGGAUCAUGUGUCAAACAUACAUUGUGAGAGCCAAUUUAUAUAAACAAUUUAAUUAAGUACUUAUUUAAUAAGUUCUCUUGUCACCCAA